AUGCACCAGGACGAUGUCGCGUCUGGCCCUGUCGCUCUCCCUUCAGCAAGGAAGGAUACUCCUCCCGACUGUCCCUACGAUGCGUCCCAGGACAAGAUCAACCCUCUGAACAAGAUGCCCGAGAACUUGCCACAACAGCGCAUAUCGCCACACCAGUCCGUUCCCCUACCGGUUGAUCGUGAGACUUCUACUAUUCCUAAGGGCGAUGGACAAGAGCUUUGGGAGUACCCAUCUCCUCAGCAGAUGUACAAUGCUAUGGUCCGUAAGGGACAGACCGACACUCCUGCCGAGCACGUUGAGCGGAUGGUAGCCGUGCACAACUUCUUAAACGAGGGCGCAUGGCAGGAGAUCUUGAAGUGGGAGCAGCCAUACAUGGAGGAUGGGCUGAAGCCUACUUUGAUCAGAUUCCAGGGUCGCUCGAAGGAAUUGACGCCGAAGGCAAAGAUGUUGCAGUGGUUGGGUCAGGUGAACCCGGCCAAGUACGGAAUGGAGCCGCCGUUCGACAGACACGAUUGGUUUGUUAGGCGCGGUGAAAAAGAAGUGAGAUACGUUAUCGACUACUACCAGGGUCCCGAUGAGCCUACGGGUGAGCCGGUCUUCUACCUUGAUGUUCGCCCUGCGUUGGAUACCCCUGGAGCAGCCUACGCUCGUAUCAGCACCUGGACCCGGGAGACCUGGGACAAGACCAUGGGCAGGUAG